GAGGAGGAGGAGGAAGAUGAUGAUGAUGAUGAUGAUGAUGAUGGUGACAUGCAGUUGAGCCCACACUGUGAGUGAGGAUCCAGGACAGAGAGGUGAAGAUGCCGAGGAGGAAGCAGUCCAACCCGCAGCCCGUCAAAUUGGACUCGGAGGAUGGGGCGGUGGUGUAUGAUCCGAGCUGCCUGGUCCUGGAUAGCGACUUCCUGUUGAGCGGAGAGCUGGAGUUUGGAGACUCAGAGAUCAUGGGACUGGAUAGAGACACAGGUUUGACGGUCUUCUCUCUGAGCGUGGAGGACGACUCGGCUCCCACUGACUCCACCUUCCCCGCCUUCCUCUCCUGUAAAGGCUGCGGACAACUGCUGGGUGACACACCUCUGGGUGCUGGCUUGGAUCUGGGUGUGGGUCUGGAUUUGGGGGCGGAGCUUUAUUGUCUCAGCUGUGAGGAAGGUCUCCAGCACGUCGCCUCCUUCGACUCGUCUCAUGAGGACGGAUCAAACCCGGCUGACCGAUCCAUCGGCGACGGCUCCGGCAGGACGAAGGAGGGCGAGGGCGAGGGCGACAUGGCUCCCAAGCUGUACUCCUGCUCUCUGUGCCCCUUCACCUCGCGCUACUCCAACCACCUCAAACGCCACAUGAGGAUCCACGACGGGCAGAAACCGUACCGCUGCCCCGUCUGCCCCUACGCCUCGGCUCAGCUCGUCAACCUGCAGCGCCACGCACGCACGCACACGGGGGAGAAACCCUACCGCUGCCACCAGUGCAGCUACGCCUGCAGUUCCCUCGGCAACCUGCGGAGGCACCAGCGCAUGCACACGCAGGAGAGACCGCAGCGCCGGGAGAAAGAGAAGAGACGAGGGAGGAGGAAAAAGAACAAGGGAGACGCUGAAGAAGUGAUGUCAGACCUGACCCUGCGAGUGUCUCAGGAUUCGGGUUACCUCCAGACGUUGGGGGGUCUGGGCUCUCCCUCCGCUCCGCUCCCCGUCCUCCUCUUCCCGCUGUGCUGCCGGCUGUGCGGCCUCACGCUGGAGGAGGCCGACCUGGAGGGGGACAAGGCCGAGGAGGAGGGGGACGGGGACGGAGGGGAGGGGGAGGGGGGAGGAGGGAGACCGGAGGACAGAUGUGAUGAUGUGAGCAACAUGCUGGACGGCUCCUUCCCGGCCAGAGACUUCCCCAGCGUGGUGAAGCAGGCCAUCGACGACAUGAUGGGCCGUGAGGUGACGUUCGACAUCCUGUUCCACAACAGCGAGCACCAGGCGACGCUCUUCAGAUACGGAGUCAAGAAAUCUGAACAGGGUGAGAGAAUUUACGAGCACAUCCUGCCGUCGUGGGAGAAACUGUUCAAGCACAACAAACUGUGAAUGCAGUUCUGCUCUCGAACCACCGGGGGGCAGCGUUGCUCCUCUGGUCGUCUUCACUCGGCCUGAUCUCUUAAAUCUGUUUAAUUGUAAAAUAAAAAGUGUUAUCUGUUAAAGUUACUGAUGAAAAUGUUGAUGAUUACAAAGGAGGUUACAUUUGAAGUCACACCUUUUUAAUAUUUAGCUCAUUUUUUUAAUAUUUAACUUGUUACUGAAUACAUAUAUUACUGUUUUUAAUUUUUCAUAAUAUGAGA